AUGAAUGCUGACUCUCCCCUCUCAGGCGGCAAUAACACAAACGACGAUGGCGAGAGAGGCCGUGGCAAGCUUUUGACUCCCCUCUCGCUGCCCAAAAACCUCAGUACCGGCAACCUUGCCCUCUCAGCUGACCCCGACCGCACCCGCUUUCGUAUGUCCUUUGAGGGCUCGUCAUCUGCCGCCCACCCCGACCAUGACUUGAUGACCAGGCCCUCGCCCGUUGCCGACCACGAACAUGGCCUCGGUCUCUCUGGCCUGCGCCGUAUACGGCAGCAUCCUCCCUCGCGCAAUCCCACCAUGCCAAACUCCAACGCUUCCUCCCGUAGCCCGUCCGUCGUAACCCUCUCCCGCUCGACCUCGAUGAGUGCCACUCUUGCCGCCCCCGCGCCGCUCUCCUGCAUAUCCGCCGCUCCUGCCUCUCCCAGCUUCUCCGAAGACCUCUCCCGCUUCCCGACCGAGUCGCUGCAUUCCUUCUCCUUUGCGCACCAGUCCGAAGACUUCCUCCACAACCGCCAAAAUGUUCUCAAACGCUCCCUCGAAUUUAUCAAGGACCGACUCGGCCAACCCCUCAGCGCCAACCAGGCUGGCUUGGCCAGUGCUCAAGCCAGGCUCGCCGGCGACUUGGAAGCCCAGAAUAUGCUCGAGAUGCUCGCCAAGGCUCAGAUCAUUGGAGCCAGCAACCUGCCUAACCCAGACGCUUCCUUUGCUGUGCCCCCGCUCACCGGGCCCGCAGACGUGUCCGGCGAGAACAUAUUCGAAAAGCAGUUCACCCCACACGCCCUCAGCGAAGAACCUGCCACUAUCCACGAAGAGCCAGAGGAUCUCGCUCUAUCACCUACCUUUACGCGUCUACUACCAUCCAAGGAACAGCAAGAUGAUUCGCAAAAGUCGAGUAGAACACCCACAGACGAGAGUAAAACGACUGCCACCACGUCACCGCCCACCUCACGGCCAACCAGCCUCAAACGCACCAUGACGGAUACCCUCUCCAUAGCCCUCAAAGACAAGCUGAUGGACACCAUGGCCCAACCAUUCAUGGCUGGCCCGACGUUGCAUCCAGAGCCGAGCCUUUCGCCUGUACUCAGCCAUCAAACGUUGCCUUGUCAAAUCUUCCCAGGCGCCAUUAAUCCUGCCGUGCAUGGUCACACCAACAGAUGGGUGCCCGCCGCUCAAGCCAUCUUCACUACCGAAGCUAAACCUCCCUGGACUAUCCUCGCCGCCAACGACCUAGCUUGCCUGGUGUUUGGUGUAACCAAGGCCGAAGUCCGCAAGAUGGGCAUUUUGGAGGUUGUGCAAGAAGAGAGACGUGCCUGGCUUGAACGAAAGCUGCUCAGCAAAGAUGACGGGGAUUCUAUACCGGAUGCUGCCGGCGACUUGUCUCCUGCCAGCUCGGCCGCAUCAGCACUUCUCGGUGGGCGCCCCGGAAUUACUGCGCAGUUAUUGAGUAAGCCAAACUCACGAUCACAAACACCACAGCCUCCACGGAGAGCUCAAACCAUCCAUAGCGGCGAUGUUGAACCGCCCAAGCUCCGUGGUGCCGAUGCCGAUCCCACCGCAGGUUCUCGAGGCGUUUUGCUCUGUGGCGAUGUCGUUCCUAUCCAGAAGCGCAAUGGACUUACCGGCUCUGCCAGUUUGUGGGUUAAGGAAAAGCAGAUUGGCUUGAUCUGGGUGCUCGAGGAGAUACAUGAGGAUGUCGCGCACAUCGAGGUCGACGAAGACGGCGUCGUGAAAGCUGUGACUGGCGCUACUGAGACCAUCUGGGGCUUCAAGUCUGUCAAGUCCGGUAUCGACAUUGCAAAUCUUAUCCCACGAAUUCCUAGGCAAGGCUUUGACCCAACUCAGGGCGAGAUUGAUUUUGCCCAGACAAGGAAACGACGCUACUUUACCUGUCCUAAUUACCGCAAGGUAAACAUUCCAUGCACUGUCGAACAGAUACACGGCAAACUUGAGCUUCGAGUUUCGACUUUCCCGCACAUGGCUGGCAUCAUAGUUGUCGACCCUACGAACUUUAAUAUCCUCAGUUCGAACUCUGCCUUUAGUGGCGCUCUAUUUGGCUUUGAGAAGCCCGCUGGCACUUCUAUAAACGCCCUAAUCCCAGGAUUUGACAAGAUAGUCGAAACACUAACGGAAGAAGACGGCCUGCAACUACUUGACGGCAUGGUUAUUCCAGAACAUCGCUUCAGAAGGGCUGCCGCUUUUACGGCAAUCAAACAACACAAACCCAACGCUGCUGCUUCAUUUUUGCAACCCAACGGACUGGCUGCGAAGCAUCGAGACGGCUCUGACCUCAACAUUGACGUUCAGAUGCGUGUCGUCGAGAGUGAGAGGCAGCCUGCUGCAUCGCAAGAUGCCGAGGAGGCUGUGGAUGACGCCCACACCGACGCCUCUUCGACCUACGCAGGAACCGAAAUGGUCUUUGCCCUCUGGCUUACUUAUUCAAGGCACGUCCAUGCGGUUCCCAACGUGCUAGACCCGGCCAAGCGCAUACCUUCCGGGCCGCCAACGCCUCUGCAUCAACCCUCCCCCGGCCAGACGCCUGUUCACUCACCGAUGGUUCUAUCCGACACUGAGGGUGAUGAGCCUAGACAACCUCCUGCCCCAUCUUCUGGCCCGUCAAGAGUGUUCGACAUGACGAGAAUAAAGGACGCCACGGUGAAUGCCGCCGCAAGGUUAACGGGCCAGACCCGACCCCAGUCACCACCCAAGGCAGCCGCCGCACAACCAGUCGUGACGAUGACGGAGGAGGAACCUAUCAAGGCAACAAUAAAUGACUACGUCAUCUUGGAAGACAUGGGUCAAGGCGCAUAUGGCCAAGUGAAGCUGGCCAGAAACAAGCGAACCGGCAGAAAGAUGGUCCUCAAGUAUGUCACGAAACGGCGCAUUCUCGUCGACACCUGGACGCGCGACCGAAGACUCGGCACUGUGCCUCUAGAGAUUCAUGUUCUGGACUUUUUGCGGAAACCUGAAUUCCGACACCCCAACAUUGUUGAGAUGGAGAAUUUCUUUGAAGACGAUGUCAACUACUACAUCGCAAUGGUGCCUCACGGGCUGCCGGGCAUGGACCUCUUCGAUUACAUCGAGCUGCGUUCCAACAUGGAUGAAGCCGAGUGCCGCAGCAUUUUUGUACAGGUAGCACAAGCUGUGCACUUUCUGCACACCAAGGCCAUGGUCGUGCACCGAGAUAUCAAGGAUGAGAAUAUUAUUCUCGACGGCGAGGGCAACAUCAAGCUCAUUGAUUUUGGCAGCGCCGCUUACAUUCGAAGCGGGCCAUUCGACGUCUUUGUUGGCACCAUUGAUUACGCUGCCCCUGAAGUCCUAGCCGGACAGCCCUAUGACGGUAAACCGCAAGACGUGUGGGCGCUGGGUAUUCUCCUGUACACCAUUAUAUACAAAGAGAACCCCUUUUACAGCAUCGACGAAAUCAUGGACCGCGACUUGCGCUUGCCAUUUACCAUGAGCCCUGAGAGCAUCGACCUUAUCCGCUGCAUGCUCAGCCGCCUCCUGGAUGCGCGCAUGGAUAUUUCCCAGGUGCUAGACCAUCCAUGGUGCAAGGGCGAGGUUUCAUCACAGUAA